AUGGCGGUGGACCGACGCAAGGUCGCUGUGUUCAGCGCGGCUUUUGUGUUGCGACUGUUUCUUGUUUGCUUGUUCCCUUCAUUGCCCGAUCUACUUACAGGCCGAGUGGAGGUGUCGACCCCAGUCAAUAGCUUUAAACGAUUACAAGAGGGCCUUUUUCUCUAUAUUCGAGAUGUUUCGCCUUAUGACGGCGGUGUUUACCAUCAGGCACCGCUUCUCCUUCCCUUGUUCGCUUUGCUUCCGGACGUGAAAAGCAACCCGUUUCCUACUGCUAUUCUCUAUUUCCUUGUCGAUUUGUUGAACGCCCAUGCGUUGUCAACUAUCUCAGAAUCGGGCCAAUCGGUCAAAUCACGAUUACACUCUGCCAUGAGAAAGCAUAUUCGGUGGGAUGGUGUGUCAAUUGCAGCUUGGUUCUUAUUCAAUCCUUUCACCAUCGCAACCUGCUUGGCACGAUCGACGAGCGUCUUCACUACAACCGGAAUUCUUUACGCAGUCUCGAAUGCUGUCGAGGGCAACAGCAUUAAUGCAAUUCUCGCCUUGGGAUUUGCAUCGUACCUGUCGCUUUACCCAGCAUUGUUAUUCGUCCCAUUGGUACUACUCUGCUACGACCAACAGUCACAAACAUCAAAGGCUCCUUCCUUUGGGGUGUACUUUGUGCAGCAUGCGGGCAUCCUACUGGGUAGUGUCGGUGGUCUACUCGGUUUGUCAUGCAUCAUUACUGGAAACCUUUGGGAGUUCAUCUCGGCAACAUAUGGCUUCCACCUGCUGGUUCCUGACCUGACUCCAAAUGUGGGUCUUUGGUGGUACUUCUUCAUCGAGAUGUUCGACUCAUUCCGCGAAUUUUUCAUCGGUGUCUUCUGGCUCCAUCUUGCUGCCUAUGUUGGAGGACUUACGGCACGAAUGCGAAGCCAACCCUUGUUCAUUAUCACUUCGCUUCUUGGCGUUUUUGCCGUUUUCAAGCCGUACCCGAGCAUUUCCGACGCAUCGCUCUACUUCGCACUACUACCUUUGUACCGACAUCUCUUCCCUUUGAUGCGAUACACCUUCUUCGCGGUUGCCGCGCUCCUCUACUCUAGCCUUCUUGGUCCUGCUUUCUACCAUCUGUGGAUCUAUGCUGGAUCUGGUAAUGCCAAUUUCUUCUACGCCAUUACUCUUGUCUGGAGUCUUGGUCUCUCCAUAUUAUUAGCCGACAGCAUAUUCGCGGCUCUUCGAGACGAGUGGGAGCAAGCUAAUCCAGAGUCGCAAGGCCAAGAGGUCAAGCAAAUAUAG